AUGUCGCUUCCAUGGAAGAUCAAGCUUAUGAUCUCAGCCUACUCGCGCAUCCGCAAAGCCUGCUUCCGCCAUGACUUCACCAUCAACCGCCGCCUCCUCAGACUCUUCGACCCCAAAACACCGCCCACCCCACCCUCCUCAGUCGAUGUCACCGUCGACCCCUCCCGCGACCUCUGGUUCCGACAAUACACUCCCUCCCACUCUACCGCCGCCGCCACUGCUACCGGUGACACUCUCCCCGUCGUAGUAUAUUUCCACGGCGGCGGAUUUGCAACUAACUCUGCCAACACCGUGUUUAUGGACUCGUUUGCCAGGCGCGUGGCCAAUCACGUCCGCUCCAUUGUGAUCUCAGUUAAUUACCGUCUUGCCCCUGAGCACCGCUGCCCCGCCCAAUACGACGACGGGUUUGACGUCGUCAAGUUUCUUGACUCCGUGGACCCCACGCGCCUCCCUCCUGGUACAGAUCUUGGCCGGUGUUUUAUCAUGGGCGAUAGCGCUGGUGGGAAUUUGGGACACCACGUAGUGGCACGUGCUGGCGCGUGUAAAUUUGAGCGCGUGAGAUUGCGCGGGCUGAUUGCAGUUCAGCCGUUUUUUGGCGGGGAGGAAAGGACCGAGUCAGAGAUCCGAAUUGGGAACGGGGCUCCGGGUUUGUCGGUGGACCGGGCUGAUUGGUUCUGGAAAGCAUUCUUGCCGAAAGGGUCGAACCGGAACCAUCCUGCCGCAAACGUGUUCGGGCCAAAUUCGGCAAGAUUUUCAGGCUCGAAAUUCCCGAACACACUCGUGGUGAUUGGUGGGUCCGACCCGUUGCAAGAUUGGCAAAGAAAAUAUUGCAAGGGUUUAGAGAGUGCAGGAGUAGGAGUGAGGUUGGUGGAGUAUCCAAAUGCAUUUCAUGGGUCUUAUGUGUUUGAGGAUUUGCCUGAAUCAUCUUUGAUGUUAGAUGAAAUUGGGGACUUCAUGUCACAACAAUUGAAGGUGACAUGA